UUUAUUUAAAACGACUAUUAUUAGGACAACUAGGCGACAGAGGAGGAGAGAUAGAGGGGGAGAGAGAUCUGCGCUCCUCUAGAAUCGUUCCUUUCCUCUCUGAGAUCCCAUCCGAGUUCCUAUCCCACAUCCAAUCUGGGAGGAGGCAAGGCAACUGAACCUGAGCACAAGCGGAGAGAAAUAGCAGAUCCGUGCUGUAAAGGUAGAUCUGAAGACGCGAGGCGAGAUGAACGAGGGAGGGUUCCUCGACAUCGAUCCCAAGGAGCUCAAGUUCGUUUUUGAGUUGAAGAAGCAGAGCUCAUCUUCCCUGCAACUAAUUAACAAAACAGAUCAGUAUGUCGCGUUUAAGGUCAAAACAACCAACCCAAAGAAAUAUUGUGUUCGCCCCAACACAGGGAUCGUCUUACCGAGUGCCACCUGUGAUGUCACUGUCACAAUGCAAGCACAAAAGGAAGCCCCACCUGACAUGCAAUGCAAAGACAAGUUCCUACUUCAGAGUGUUAUCGUGGAGCAUGGUGCAAUGACCAAAGAUAUAACCUCUGAAAUGUUCAAUAAAGAAUCUGGAAAGGUUGUUGAUGAGUUCAAGUUGCGGGUUGUUUAUGUUCCUUUUAGUCCACCGUCCCCUGUACCGGAGGAAGCGGAGGAAGGAUCCUCUCCAAGGUCAUCAAUAUUUGAAAAUGGGGCUCAAAGUUUACAAACACAUGAUUCUGUAACUAGAUCACAUGAACUACAAAAGGAGAAGUCACCAGAGACAUUGGCUAUGAUCUCAAAGUUGACUGAAGAGAAAAAUACUGCCAUUCAGUUUAACCAGAAGCUCAGACAGGAACUGGAUCUACUAAGGAAAGAAAGCAGCAUGCACCAAGGUGGCUUCAGCAUUACAUUUGUGGUGCUGGUGGGAUUACUUGGUGCUCUUAUUGGCUACAUAAUCAAGAAGUCAUAAGACACACUUCUUCGACUACUUCGCCAACUGAACGGUAUAUUUUCUAUUUUCUUUUUUGUUCUUCUGAUCAGACCAUGGACUACUAUCUCAGUCAUAAAUUACCUAGUAACCUUAUGUUGUAGUCAUUUAUUUGGAUUUAUGUUUCUCAUUGUCUUCUAGACUGAAAAUGUCUCUAAUGGGAGGUAAAGACCUCAAAAUAUAUAGUUUCUGGGACUUGUUUAGGUUUAUUUUACGGAGGCACGCCUGCUCUGUGUUCUUCCCCUUUUGUGUGAAAACGAAUGAGUUAAAUAAAACUCCUAGUAGCAAAUUUGUUUC